AUGCCUUAUGCUUACAUUGCUGACAUUCCCCCCUUGUCAGCAAUUGUCUAUGUAGUCACGGCAAGGCAGGGUCUUGGAAUGAGCAAUCAAUUUCUCAAUCCGAAGGCCAGAUUCUCCUCAAUGGGUGCGGUGAUGUCUCCGGUCGCUCAAAGGAAAUACUUACCUAUGUACCCGGAGCAUGCCCAUGACAUGCCAGACAAGAAAUCCGUGUCGCUAUCUGAAGUCAAAGCCAGGCUUUGGCUUCCCAUAGUAGUCAUUGUUCUCCUUGUUGUAUUCAUGAUUGCUUCGCUGACGGCCGUCACCUCUGACGCUGUCAACCUUCCAACAACAAGACAUAAGGCCAAAUCGCCUACUCCAGAAUGUGGAUUACCUUCCCGCAGAAGAUGCUCAUGA